ACUGACAACUCAUGGGGCCCCCGGGCAAUAGGGGAUCAUGGGGCCCCUGUGUCCUUGCCCAAACUCAAAAAAGCCUAUGAAAAAGGUACCAGGGGCAUCUCAUGGGGCCCUCUACUGACCCCAGGCCCUCGGGCAGUGCCCGAGUUUCCAAAUGGACAGGAGUCUCUAAACUCUCUAAACCAGUAUUUCUCAACCUUUCUUCAGUCAAGGCACCCUUUAAAAUUAUGGAUAAUCUCAAGGCACCCCAAUCUGGCUAAAUGUGGACUGCAUCAGACAUAUUAUUAUUUUUUUCAAUGGCAU